CCUGCCUUUGUGUGUGCGCGCUGAGGCUGACUGCGUACCCGAAAACUGACACGGAUGCUCGGCUGCAAACAAACACAAGCUCCCAUGCAUGAACAUUCCCUGUUUUUUCAAACCUUCCUCUGUGACGUGAUGGCCACAUUUGGGAAUAUUGGGAAUACCUGCGGAUGCAAAUAGAAGAAGAAGAGGAGGAGGACGUCACCCAUCACCAUCACCUCGCUUCUGGAGAAGCACGUGAAGCUCUCACUCCACAACCGAAUCACAUUUGUGGGGGGACUUUUUCCACCAUCAGCAUCCUUGCGAGCAUCCAGUAAUUUAUCCCAGCCCUGCCUGUCGGAUUUCUGCGGGAUUUGGGGGAUUUCUGUGGGGGCCGGGAGGGACAACUGAUAUGGAUUAAAGGGAACCGAGAGCAGCCAAACUGGAGCAGCACGCGAGAGCACGCCGGGGGGGAAGGGGGCGACGGGACUCGGUAAAUUCACGGAGCCCCCGGGACAGAGGCUGUGAGUGGUCCCACACCAAGAUGACGUCUCCCAAAAGCCGAGCCAAGAAGAAACCCCCCAAAGACAGCAUGACGCUGCUGCCAUGCUUUUAUUUUGUAGAGCUUCCCAUCGUCCUGUCCUCCCUGGUGUCUCUGUACUUCCUGGAGCUGACCGACGUCCUGUCCCCGGCCAUGGUGGGCUUCCGAUGCUACGACCGUGACCUCUCCAUGCCCUAUGUGGAGACGGGAGACGAACUCAUCCCUCUUUUAAUGUUGCUCAGCUUGGCCUUCGCCGGACCCGCAGCGUCUAUCAUGAUGGGGGAGGGCCUCAUGUACUGCAUGCAGUCCAAACUCAAGACAUGUCCCAAGACGGAGGGCAGCAUCAACGCUGGAGGAUGCAGCUUCAACUCCUUCCUGCGCAGGACCGUUCGCUUCGUUGGUGUGCACGUGUUUGGUCUCCUAGCAACGGCCCUGGUGACAGACGUCAUCCAGCUGGCCACCGGCUACCACGCCCCGUUCUUCCUCACCGUCUGCCAGCCCAACUACACGGCGCCUGGCGUGUCAUGUGACAACAGCGCUUACAUCACGCAGGACAUCUGCAUGGGCAAAGACCAGUACGCCAUCAUGUCGGCCAGGAAAACCUUUCCAUCCCAGCACGCAACACUUUCUGGCUUUGCUGCCGUCUAUAUCUCCAUGUACUUCAAUGCCAGCAUCAGCGCCACCACCAAGCUGCUCAAACCCUUGCUGGUGUUCGCCUUCUGCAUGGCGGCGGGCCUGGCCGGCCUCACGCAAAUCACGCAGCACCGCAGUCACCCCAUCGAUGUCUACGUGGGGUACCUCAUCGGGGCCGGCAUCGGCGUCUACCUGGCCGUCUACGCAGUGGCAAACUUCAGAGCAUCCGAAGAAGACGCGUCGCCCCAUCCCAAAGUGUUGUCGGCGCAGCAGAAGGACACCCUGAGGGUGCUGAGUCAGCGCGGUCACGACUCCCUCUACAGGAAAACCACCCACGUGUCGGAGAGCAGGGAGGAGCUGGGUGUGGCCAUGGGUUCGGGGUCACGCAGCAAGGUGAGGCGGGAGAAAGCGUCUCUGGCCUCCCUGAAGCGAGCCAGCGCCGACGUGGAGCUCCUGGCCACCCGCGGGCCCAUGGGCAAGGAAACCAUGGUGACCUUCAGCAACACCUUGCCCAGGGUGGCCAACGGCAGCAGCCCCAUCUCGCCCACCGAGGACCAGACCACCUCUCAGCGCCACAUGACCUUCCAUGUUCCCUUUGACCCCCAAAGGUCCCGGCAGCUGGUGUCGGAGUGGAAGCAGCGUUCGCUGGAGCUGCGCAGUCAGAGCUCCCGAGAUGAAGACGAGGGUGAGGACAGAGCAGAUGGGGCGAACACCGGGGAUGAAGAAGGCGGGGUCACCGCUGGGGAAGCGGACGACCAGGGUGUGCCGUCCUCUCUUUACCCUAAAGUGCAAGCCAACAAGGGCAUGGCCACGCCCACUGCAGCUAGGAUGGCGGUGGCCCCGCCGCUGGUUCACAUCCCCGAGGAGGCCACCCGUCCGCCGCCCGUCUCCCCAAAGAGCGCCAAGACCCGUGCCAAAUGGUUAUCACUCACAGAAGGAGGCGGGGUUAAGGAGCCGAGUGUGGGGCCCAUUGCCGUGUCAACCCCUCGGGUGCCCACCACCCUGCCCACUCAAGCCCCCCCUCAGCCAAGAGUCACUCAGGUGAUGGCGAUGUCCAAGCAGCAGAGCCAUGGCGGGCUCACCUCUGAGGGAGGCUCCUCCUCAGGCGGCGGCUCCAACUGCUCCGAGUCGCCCUACUACCGCAUCCCCUCCGACCGGGACAGCUGCACUGGCAGCAACCCUGGCAGCAUCGCCGGCAGCGGCAGCAUCGUCACCAUCGAUGCCCACGCGCCGCACCACCCAGUGGUGCGCGUGACGGCUGCCAACGGGAAGCCGUGGGAGUGGAGGAACACAAUCAGUGGCAACCUGAUAGGCGGCGACACGGCGGUAGACAAACACCGCGGCCUUCUGCAGCGGCAGGACAACGCCCCGCUUUACCGCGAUUACCGGACACUUCCGGUUAAAAAGGAGUCGCUGGCUGUCGAAACGGAGAUGCCACCCCCACCUCUCCCCACCGCCUCUUCCCCUCUUCCACCCCCUCCUCAGCUGUCCUCACCCCAUCUCCCGCCACCCCCUCUUCACUCGUCAUCCACCCCGCUACCCCCACCCCCUCACCCUUCUCACAUGACCCUCCCGCCUCACCCAUCCUCUCAGGUGUCAUCCUCUCAGCCUUUGCCCCCUCCCCCGCUCCCUUCCUCAUCCAUGCCACCGCUGCUCCCUCCCCACCCCUCGUGCUCGGCCGUACUCCCGCCUCCCCCUCACCCCGACCUGCUGAUGGACAGCCACAUGCUGUCCCGCUCAUCCACGCUGCCUCGCCGUCCCUCCGUGUCGGCCCGCAGCCACGCCGAGCAGGAGCACUACUACAAGGCCCUGCAGAACGAGCGCAUGCUAUAGUGGGCGGCUCGCGGCGGAGCUCUUGAACAAAGCGAGGGUAGCUUGUAUAGGGUGAGGACUUUUUAUUUGAAUAACUUUGAAUCCUGAUUGGCAGCUUCGGUCAAGGUUGAGCGCCAAGGGGAUGCUCGGCGUUCUCGUAUCGGCUGCUGUCAGAAGAAGAGAAAGGAGAUCAAAUACAAGGAAGGAAGAAUUCCCUUCUGGUUGUUACGAGCUCCUACUUCUCCACAAUAAGGGGGAAAGCAGCCUGCAGCUGAGGAGGCGAUACGACUCAGACCUCAGAUUUGCUCAAUCUGUUUCCCUUUGAGAGGGCGAAGAAAGACGAGGAAAACAAAACAACCUCGGGCUGUGCUCCUUAAACUGCUGCCAACUUUUGUUUCCUCCCGCGACAAGUUGUUGUGUCUCGAGGAGCUUCAAAAGGAUCAUUGAAAGGAUCCUUGCCUAUCAGCCUGCAACCUUCUGUGCGCUAUUUAAACAAGGAAUUCGAAGAGUGAUCCGAGCAAACGUGAGCAGCUGGGCAUCCCAAUCCAGGCGUCACAGAAUGGCUCGUGACCGCAAAACCAACCAACGCGAGCGACGAGUCGACAAAGCAGCUAAUUAGCUUCUGCUCGCUUCUGUGAGUCUUCAUACCGAGUGGCUUUGAAGCCGUGUUCACACUUGUCACGCUUGCUUCGUUUCAAACACGCUGGUGCCGUUGCUCUGAUCAUUUCUUGGACGCUAUCGUCCGAAAUCUGGUGCCCAACAACGCAAGCCGACCGAGGCCGCUUGAAGAAGUGGUUUCGACGCUCCUGCAGGUGAACUCUGGUGCAUCUUGAGCACCGCACGGACCAAAGACACGGACCGGUGUUACGAUGAAUUGGCAAAUCACGAAGAUUUAACAGUACAGACCUGGUACCCGCACAGACAGGAUUUUUCUUUUGGAUUGGAAUUUGAUCAUAAAAUACGUCACAAAUACGGUCCAAUCAGGUUUUUCCCUUACUCAUUAGUUUUGACUGGUCAACUUUUGGUCUGAUGCUGAAAUAACUGGGUGAAUGUUCAGCGAAUUGGAUGAAAUCUGCGUGCCUGCUGUGUCUGUUUUUUACUGCAGUGGUACCAAACUACAAAUGUAAACUUGUAUUAAGCCCUGUUUCCACGUCGCGGUUCGGUUCAAUUCAGGACAUUCAAGGAAAACUGCACUUUUUUGUCUUCUGAUGUGAGACAUGAACACAUAUGUCUUUUCUGUGCGUUCUAAAGAUAUGAAAACAGCUAAAAAGAGUUAGCAGGGCUUUAUUAGUCAACACAUUUAUUAGGAUAAGCAUUUUUCUUGUGAAGUUAUUUUGAAAUGUUCAGUUUUGUAACAUAUUACAGUCGUCCCUCGUUUAUAGCUGUUAAUUGGAGCUAGACCCGACCACGAUAAAUGAUGCCAGUAAAUGGAAUAUUUUCAUAGUUAGGACAUAGAAAACCUGUUUAUGACUUUCCGAAUGUGGUUUUUAACAUUAGAGCGCUCUGGACAUGAACUAACACCCCUAUAGCCACCUUUAUGCUCCUAUUAUUCAUUGUGUACACCACAUGACGCAACUCUUACACUGCAGGGACUCGAGACGGCCGCUAGCUAGCAAGUUAGACUCAAAUUUAUUUCUUGUAAACUUAAUAAAUCAAAAAGUUACCACUUGGGAAUGGGAAAACGUUUUUUUCUCUAUCUUAUCGAACAUGCCAUGGCUGACUUCAUGACUUCAUACUGUACAGUGUUAAGGUAAUGUAAUGUAAGGUAAUGUCUCCAUGUUUUGUGUCAUUACUGCCGCCUAGUGACCACAAUCCUACAUACCGCUUGUAUUUCAAUAUGAUUUGCCUGAUAAUAGACCAUAGUCUACCACCAAACAGCCAUCAUUUAUUAAUUCAUUCAUUUCUGAAAAAACGCAAUAUAGCGAGGGAGCCAUAAUCGAACUGCGAGGGACGACUGUACGUAACAAACAGGGGCUUGCGCCUAUGUUUUGGACUAGUCAACUUUUGGUAUGAUGUUGACGCAAAGAAACUCACGACAAGCUUGUCAACCCAUCGGAAAUCGCAGGAGGUCAUUACUCAAUAUCGCAGUCUGACUCACGGUGUCAUCUUAGAAAG